UCAUGCUUCUUUCUUUGCACCCAAACAAAAAUUAUAAGAGAUACCUUUUCUGGUUUUUAAGCUCUUUCCUAUCCAAAAUACCACCUUCUUAUUAUUAGGCUCUAUAAUUGUAGAAAAUUUUGUGUCAUACUUUCUAGGUGAGGGUGUAGAAAAUCUUUGUGGUGUUUGUAAGGAUGAUGUAUGAACAGCAACAACAUGCGAGGAUAGAUGUGAGGAAGAGGAUGGAGAAGAAGGGUUCCAUAAAGGAAGAGAGAUUGGAAAUUGUGGAUUUGAGUGGCAUGUCCUUGGAGGCUGUCCCUAUUAGUCCUUCCCUUAACCUUGGGACUAUUUGCAAUUUGGACCUCUCUAAUAACAAUAUUCAGAGCAUACCGGAGUCCUUAAUAGCGAGAUUGCUAAAUAUGGUAGUUUUUGACGUGCACUCAAAUCAGCUUAAAUCGCUCCCAAAUUCAAUUGGCUGUCUUUCUAAGCUCAAGGUUUUGAACGUCUCCGGCAACCAUAUUGAAUUUCUACCGAAAACCAUUGAGAACUGCAGAUCCUUAGAAGAAGUGAAUGCCAACUUCAACCAGCUGAGCAAGCUCCCAGACACCAUUGGUUUUGAGCUUACCAACCUAAAGAAGCUCCAUGUUAACUCAAACAAGCUCGUAUUCCUCCCAAGCUCCACCUCUCACCUGACCGCCCUGCGUGUCUUAGACGCCCGGCUUAACUGCCUCCGGUUACUCCCUGAUGACCUUGAGAACCUCACGAACCUCCAAGUCCUCAAUGUUAGCCAAAACUUCCAGUACUUGGAAACCCUACCAUACUCCAUAGGUCUCCUCAUCAACCUGGUGGAACUGGAUGUGAGCUACAACAAGAUAAAAAGCCUACCAGACUCCAUGGGAUGCCUGAGAAAGCUCCAGAAACUGAGUGUGGAAGGGAACCCGCUGAGUUCGCCUCCCAUGGAGGUGAUGGAGCAGGGAUUGCAUGCGGUGAGGGAGUACCUAAGUGAGAAGAUGAACAAUGCCGAGCACAAGAGCACAGCACAAAAGAAGAAAUCAUGGGUUGGCAAGUUGUUCAGGUACGGCACCUUCAAUGGGAACAAUAAUAAUAAUAAUAGAAAACUACACGAGGACCGUCAAGGCUUCAGCAUACCUGAGUAUCGUUCCAUUGAUGGCCUCGCUUCGCCAAGGUAUAUGGGGAUGUUCUCGCCGCGUCGCCUCUUCUCACCUCGGACCUACUUCAGUAGAUGAACAUGCAGCAAAUGCACGCAGAGCUGUCUUUCAAUUUACAGCACGAAACCACUACCUUUAAUCAUCAUUGCUCAUGGCAUGGGGUACUUUGAAGUUUGAAGUAGGUCUUGUGAUAUACUGCUACAAAUUAAUUAAUAAAGAAUAGCAGGCUGUACACAUUUUAAUUAGAUGCAGUAUAUUAUGUUCUCCAAUUAAAUUUAAACACUUAAUUAUAUUGAUCAAUAAGAUCAGGGUAGUGAUGCAUUUUCCUAAAACAACCAAAUUUAAAGCAAAAGUAUUUGAAUUCAAUUAAAAGACUUAAUAUACUGCACCUAAAAAACUAUACCUAAGUUUUACUCUUAUAAGCAUGUAUGAAUGGUAUAAGUCCUUAAGAUGUCUCUUAGCUUAAGUAAGCAUAUGGAUCAGAUUCACUUGUGCCUUGGGUCUC